UCCUCCAGGAAACAAACAAAAGAAAAAAAUCAGACUUUUACACAACCAGCUCUCUUUAACACACACAUUUGCAUUUGAAUCUUCUUCUCCUGACCCACACACAUACACCUCCUCAUCCUUGCAUCAUCUCCUCCUUACACGCACUCCUUCUUGUUCUCCCCGCAGACAGAGGAGCAGUAAAGGGAUUGGCGUGGUUGUUGGUGUUUGGCUUCUGGGCUUUGGCUGGGAGGGAGCGGAGCGGCAGAUGGCGAUGUGAAGACAGACUCAGCCAGAUCUGAUUCUGCCUUACCAUGGCUGACAACUUCUGGUCCCCUCAGGAUGCAGGUUUUUGCUUGAUCGUGUGAAGUGACUUCCUCCCUGAUUCCCUGCCAUCCUUCAUAGGGAAAUCAUGACCCGAAGACUUAGCAGUUCCACUCGUUCCCCCACUGAGGACUCCACCUUCCUGAGGCCUGACGAGGACCCCGUCUGGCUGGACGAGCCCACAAAGACAGAAAAAGUGAAUGACGGAAAUCUGAAGGCCGACCGGCUCCAAAACUGCAAAGAUGGACCUGCGAAAGGCCCAAGCCCACAGGGAGAAGAAAUGUUCAUGCAUAAGGUGUACACGCUGGUGGUCCAGAUCUACAGCUGGGCUGCGUUUUUUAUCGUGUCACAGGUCACGGGGUACUGGGUGUUUUUUGUGGUGGAGGGAAAUGGACCCCUCUCUUCCAUCUACAAAGCCCUGCAGGUCAUCGAUUUCUACCUUAGCUUCCUCUUUCCAUGUCACCCCAUUUUUGGGAUGGAUACCAUGAUGUUGAUGAGGGAGGUAGUGCGCACAGCACAGCACCCCUGGAUCUUCCAUGGAACUGGAUGCUCUGGUUUGGCCAUCUGUGUUAUCAUGGUCAUCCACAUGGUGUUCAGGUGGCAUUAUGGAGCUGGCUUUUGGUCGUCAGGAACAGUUCUAAACGACAUUGGUGAUCGCCGUCAGUCUGUGAGCCGGCAGCCCUCCUUCACAUUAUCAGAGUGGACUGAUGCUCAGGAGGACCUGUUGGACAUAGACCCUGUGCCCCAGACCCCUGUUUUUGACCUGGGCGCUGACGCCAGGACUGAGGGUGAAGCAAUCACCCUCACAGUGACACCUGUAGGGCUUCAGGAGAGGAGGGGCUCCAAUGUCUCCCUGACCUUGGACAUGUGCACGCCAGGCUGCACUGAGCCCUAUGGCUAUGGAGCCCAGCUCUCCCCUCGAGACCAGUCUGCCCAGGAGUACCUCCGCCAGGGAACGCACGUUCUGACCCCGGCCAUGCUACACACACGGGCUAUGGACGACCAGAGCCUGCAGGCUGAGUUUUACGAAACUCCCAUGAACUUUGUGGACCCAAAGGAGUACAACUACCCCGGGCUGGUGAGAAAGAACCGCUACAAAACCAUCUUACCCAACACUCACAGCAGAGUGAUCUUAAAUUCUCUGGAUGAAGAAGAUUUCCUCAUUACCUACAUCAAUGCUAAUUAUCUCAAAGGUUAUGGGGGUCAGGAGCGAGCCUACAUUGCCACCCAGGGUCCCACUGUGAACACUGUGGGGGACUUUUGGAGGAUGGUGUGGCAGGAGCGGUGCCCGAUCAUAGUGAUGAUCACCAAUCUGGAGGAGAAAAACGAGAAAUGUGCGGAAUACUGGCCUGAGGACACAGUGACCCAUGAGGGCAUCGAGAUCACGGUUGUCAGGGUAACACAGGAGGAUGACUACAGUCUGAGGGUGUUUACUUUGAAGUGUGAGGGAGAGGAGCGCAGUCUGCAGCAGUACUGGUACACCUCAUGGCCUGAUCAGAAGACUCCAGACAAAGCUCCGCCUCUCCUGGAGUUGGUGCAGAAAGUGGAGAGGGCUCGAGAGGAAGCCCCGCCUUCCAGUGGCCCUACAAUUGUUCACUGCAGUGCUGGAAUUGGUCGAACUGGCUGCUUCAUCGCCACCUCCAUCCUGUGCAAGCAGCUGAGGACUGAGGGCGUGGUUGACAUCCUGAAAACCACCUGCCAGCUCCGUCUGGACAGGGGAGGGAUGAUCCAAACAAGCGAGCAGUACCAGUUUGUGCAUCACGUCCUCAGCCUGUAUGAGAAGCAGCUGUCUCACACUGCCGAGGAGUAGAGUGAACGCAACAGCAGCACCAAGACCGAGACACACCACUGUACACUGUACCGCCUCUGGUGGUGCACAUCACUGUACCUAGCAUCAUCUCAACCUCACCCUUUAACACGCUCACGCCAUUUUGAUCUCCUCACUCAAGACAAAAUCCAUGCUUGCAGUUAAUCUUUGAGCAGAACAAAUAUAGAGAGGGUUGAUUUGUGUUAUUGACUUACACGGCGCCAGAAAGUCACUCAGGCCCAGAAUGGUCCUGAUUUAUUGUUUGCACUGCUGAGGGUUUUUAUCAAGUUACUGUACCUGAUUUUAAGUUUUUAAGGCCUCAUUUAGUGCUAAUAUUGAAAUGUCCCUGUAUAAUAUGUGGUUACAAAGAGGUUAAACUGGAACUAAAGUAAAACCAGAUCAGCUGCAGUGAUGUCAGAUUGCUGGAUGGAGGAAGAUUAGCCAACCAAAGCUAGUUUAAAGUAAGGCCCCUUUACAGCAUAAGUGCCAGCAUAAUUUCACUCUAUAUAAUCAAUCAAAUGCCAGCCUAGCAUUUUAGAUUUUACAGACAUUAAGUUCAUCUUUUCGCAUCAACACUUGUGAUGCAUUCAGGAGCCACCUCAUCUUCAGGUUGCAUGGUGCUAAGUGUUCAUUAAAGGCAUGUGCAAUGUUAUGAAAACUAGGAAUGUAUUACAGUUAGUUUAUUAAUUAACUAAUUAGGAUCAUUUCUGUGCAAUCUACAGUAUUACAGUUUCUACCAUGCUGCCUGUGCAGUCCUCAUGGCCCCCAUGAUGUUUACAGUCAACAAUUCAACAGCAUUACGGCCACAUUGACUAACACUCAGAGGCGUCACAGAGCCGGCGACACUAUGGGGACAGAGGCCAGAAAUAGCAUAGGACCAGCUUAGAAAUCAAUAAAAACCACAAUCAAAGCCCAGGAGAAAGUGACAUACACAGACAGGGAGGAAAAAAUGCACAGGAUUGUAUAGAGCUGCUUUCAAAACUGAUGGCAAAUGAUCGUACAUGCAGCUGACAUGGGGGAAAUUUAGAGUUCGUCUCCCUUAGUGUGACUCCGUCUGUGAUGCCUCUGUUUUCAACAGUAGCUUGAACACAUCCGUGAAGUAAGAAUCCCAUGAUUGUUGUAUAGACAGGCCAGGCCUAAUCUGUAUGAAGCACAAACAGACACACUAAGGUUGUCUCUGAUGUUCAGCUGUAACAGUUCUCUUUCUUUCUGUAUUGUGUUUUGGAUUGUGUUGAGUUUAAUGGAUUGCAUGUGCUGUAUGGGACUCCAUAGGUCCACAAUCAAAGCGACGUGAUUGGUUGUCCUGCUUUUCGUUGUGUAAACGGGUUUUAAAGCCUAUUAUACAUAUAAAUAUAUAUAUUGCUUGCUCUCGGCCAAUGCUUUUGAUACAGUUUGCUUUUGUGAAACCAACCAGAGAUAUUUUUAGAACAUUUUGAUACAAUCCUUUCGAGUAGAUGCCUUGUGUAUAUUUCUGUUUACACCAUGAUGGAAUGUAGCUCAUACUGUGGAUCAAACCGUGGGUUUUUAUCGCAAGAUUUGACAGAACAAAAAUGUGACAACUACCUGAGUUACCUUACAGUACAGAGAAUAAAUAGAUUAUGUUCAGUCCUCGGUAUCAUCACAUUUUUGCCUUUAGGCUUUGCUUUAAUAUGCUUUGCUUUCUGUGUAUGUUUUUAUGGUUUUUAUUGGAGAAUUUUACCUCAGACUGACUUUUCUACGCAGUCCCCUCUCAGUUCCAUCUGUGACUCUAUGGGCCAAUCUCAGUUGACAACAUGAGAUGUAAAUGCUACAUGUAAAGGCAGCUAAAACAGUGAAGACAGUUUUGUAUGUACCAAACCACACUCAAAACCUUCUAUCUUAACUUAGUGCAUCAGAUCAACAGUCGUGGACAUCAUCAGAGGAGGAAAUUACUUUUGUGGGCUCGGACCAAUUUAUAAACAUCAAAUCAUUUAGCAAAUUAAACUGCCACAGUUUAGAGGAAAUAGAUUGAUGAGAAAAUAAGACUUUGUAAUCCUCUGAUUAUGUCCUUGGAGCUUGACUGAGAAGCUUUUAUUCUGAGUGCUUGUUUCAAUGCUUACCUGGUCGUCUUUGAUGAUCAAACUGGGGACGAUGAAAUAGCCAAACAGUCAGACAUACAACCAACCAGCAUCAGUAUUCCUCUCCUCUGCUACAGUACCGCUUUAAGUUGUGAG